GGCCAGUGCGGCCCGGACGGCGACCGACAGCGCACGUGCCUUAUCACCGGACAAAACUUUGUUACGUCAAAUCAAUGGAUAUAACCUAACACGCCGCGAGUUCACCAACUUAACACCUAAAAUGUGAUGUGUCAGUGCUCGUUUCCGCACCGAAUGGGUGCUUAGUUGUUUGAAUAUUUACUGGUGCUUACUGUGACGUGGUGGCGAAUCAUGUGAAUAUUGUGUUGUGCUCGUGUUGUUGUGAACCGUUGCAGCGAUGAGCAUCCAGAAGUGUCUGCUGGACAACUCCAGCCGGAUGAUAAAGGCCAUGUCCACGGCCAAGGCCGGCACCAGCGACGCCAACAAGACGGGCAUACAGAGUGGGUUGAAGCGGAUCGCGGGGCUGGCGAUUCUGUCGCUGUCGUUUCCAGUCGACCAUAAAAAAAAAACCACUCGCAGUUGGAUCGAGAGCACCUUCCAGAAGCGCGAGUGUCGCCUGUUCGUGCCCAGCGCCAAGGACGAACAUGUAUGCUGGUGCGGGCUCAGCAAGACGGCGCACGGGUCGUCGGUGCCCACCGGCGCGCCCGGCGACGCCUGGGUGCCCACCAAGCACACGCAGGCGGCGCCCACCGACGCCUACGGGACUGUCGAGUUCCAGGGCGGGCCGCAUCCCACCAAGGCUCAGUACGUCCGUCUGGCGCACGACACCCGGCCCGAGCUGAUAGUCCAGCUACUCACCCGGGAGUGGGCGCUGGAGCGGCCGAAGCUCCUCAUCACCAUCCAGGGUGGAAAAGCCAACUUCGACCUGCAGCCCAAGCUCAAGAAGGUGCUCAGGAAGGGCCUUCUGAAAGCUGCCAAGACCACCGGAGCAUGGAUCUUCACUGGAGGGACCAAUACUGGUGUGACGCGCCAAGUCGGCGACGCUCUCCAGCUAGAGCGGUCUCAGCGCGCCGGCCGCGUGGUGAGCAUCGGCAUCGCGCCGUGGGGCAUCGUGGAGGGAGCUCACGAGCUGCUGGGCAAGGGCCGUGAUGUCCCCUACCAUGCUAUGGCGUCACCCAGAUCAAAGUUGGCGGUGCUGAACAACAGGCACGCGUAUUUCUUGUUAGUGGACAAUGGUUCCAUCGGGCGGUACGGCGCUGAGAUCGUGUUGAGGAGAAAACUGGAGAAAUACAUCGCGGCGCAGAAGUUACAUCCUUAUACCCACUCGUCCACGCCAGUAGUCUGCCUGGUGAUCGAGGGCGGCACCAACACGGUGCGAGCUGUUCUGGAAUACGUGACCGACACGCCGCCAGUGCCCGUCGUGGUGUGCGAUGGAAGCGGCAGAGCGGCCGACCUCAUUGCUUUCGUACACAAGUACGCGUCGGAGACGGGCGAGCAGACGGUGCUGGAGUCGAUGCGGGACUACCUGAUCGGCACCAUCCAGAAGACCUUCGAGGUGGGGCUGCAGCAGGCAGAGUGCCUUUACGGGGAGCUGCUGCAGUGCACACGGAAGAAGAACCUGAUAACAGUAUUCCGCAUCCAAGAGCGCGCCGAAGGCGGGGAAGUCCAAGAGCUCGACCAGGUGAUCCUGACGGCGCUGUUCCGCGCGCAGCACCUGUCUCCCAGCGAGCAGCUGUCGCUGGCGCUGACGUGGAACCGCGUCGACAUCGCCCGCUCCGAGAUCUUCGUGUACGGACAGGAGUGGCCGCCAGGAGCCCUAGAUGAAGCCAUGAUGCAGGCGCUAGAGCACGACCGCAUAGACUUCGUCAAACUACUCCUGGAAAAUGGAGUCUCCAUGAGGAAGUUCCUCACGAUUCCUCGCCUUGAGGAGUUGUACAACACCAAGAGUGGCCCCAGCAACACUCUGCGGUACAUCCUGAGGGACGUCCGGCCUCACCUGCCGAGGGGCUAUGUGUACACGCUGCACGAUAUCGGCCUGGUAAUCAACAAGCUGAUGGGUGGUGCUUAUAGAUGCUACUACACCCGCCGCAAGUUCCGUCCGAUCUAUGCCAAAGUGAUGAACAAAAGCGUGAACGUGCACCGCAACAGCGCGUCGUUCACGCGACACAACAACGCCGGCGGCCUGUCGCUUAUCGCCGGCUUCAUGCCCGUCACCACCGAGAUGGCGCUGUUCGACUACCCCUUCAACGAGCUGCUUAUGUGGGCAGUGCUGACGAAGCGGCACCAGAUGGCGCUGCUGAUGUGGACGCACGGCGAAGAGGCGCUGGCCAAGUCACUGGUGGCCUGCAAGCUGUACAAGGCCAUGGCACACGAGGCGGCCGAGGACGACAUGGAGACAGAGGUGUAUGAGGAGUUGAGGCACUACGGGAAGGAGUUCGAGACCAAAGCAUUGGAGCUGUUAGACUAUUGUUACCGUCAGGAUGACGACCAAGCUCAACAAUUACUGACUUGUGAGCUCCAAAACUGGUCAGGACAGACGUGUCUGAGCCUUGCCGUGGCAGCCAAUCACAGAGCUCUAUUAGCCCACCCCUGUUCCCAAAUCAUUCUCGCUGACCUAUGGAUGGGCGGGCUCCGCACCAGGAAAAACACCAAUCUAAAGGUGAUACUGAGCCUGGUGUGUCCGCUCUACAUUCUGCAACUGGAGUUCAAGAGUAAGGAGGAGCUGCAGCUGAUGCCGCAGACGGAGGAGGAGCAUCUGGAGAACGAGAGCUUGGAGGACGACCGAAGCACGAAGGACCCCAAUGACGCCGAGGUUGGAAGUCUUGGGGUGGUGGUGAAAAAACGUACGCUGUCGAUCAAGAAGAUCAUACCUCCGGGACAAGCGAGUAAACCCGCUCAGGCGUUGAUUGGCUCAGGGGCGGAGUGUGAGACUCGGGUGGAUCAGAAUGGGAAGGUUGGGAAGAUAGGCUGGGAGCCGUCGUACCGGGAGCUGCCGGAGCCCCUACUGACCCUGGAGGACAAGCGGAUGAGGCCGCUGCGGCUGAGGAAGAAGAUCUACGAGUUCUUCACGGCGCCGAUCACGAAAUUCUGGGCCGACUCGAUUGCCUACAUAUUGUUCCUAUUGAUGUUUACAUAUACAGUAUUAGUGAGGAUGCUGCCUACGCCGUCUUUACCCGAGAUAUAUUCUAUAUGUUAUAUAUUAACUUUUUUAUGCGAGAAAAUAAGGGAAAUUAUUACGUCCGAGCCAGUGGCUAUUAGGCAUAAGUUCAGCGUGUGGGCAUGGAACAUGUGGAACACGUACGACGCGGGGUUCAUCAUCUUCUUCCUCGUGGGCCUCACUCUCCGGAUGCGUAGCGGCUCCAUGGAGACCGGCCGCGUCAUCUACUGCGUCGACAUCAUCUACUGGUACCUGCGGAUACUGAAUAUUCUCGGCGUCAAUAAGUAUUUGGGUCCUCUAGUCACAAUGAUGGGUAAAAUGGUGAAGAACAUGAUAUACUUUGUGGUGCUAUUACUUGUUGUGCUCAUGUCGUUUGGAGUCGCGAGACAAGCGAUACUCAAGCCGAACCAAGAAGCCAGCUGGUAUCUUAUUAGAGAAAUUUUCUUCCAACCGUACUUCAUGUUGUAUGGGGAGGUGUUCGCGCCAGAUAUCGACCCGCCUUGCGGCCAGGACAUCACCGACGCUAAAUGCGUGCCCGGCCGCUGGAUCACUCCCAUAGUCAUGACGGUCUACCUCCUGGUCGCCAAUAUCUUGCUCAUCAACUUACUGAUUGCCGUAUUCAAUAACAUAUUUAACGAAGUCAACGAAGUCUCGCACCAGGUGUGGAUGUUCCAACGGUUCACAGUGGUGAUGGAGUACGAACAGAAGCCAGUGCUUCCGCCACCGCUGAUCAUAUUCUGUCACAUGUACGCCACUUGCAAGUGGGUGACCAGGAAUGUGUCCCAUCAGAGGUUUCAGUACGACAACGGUCUGAAACUGUUCUUGGAAAAAGACGAAAUUGAGAGGUUAUAUGAUUUUGAGGAGGAGUGCGUGGAAGGGUAUUUUAGGGAACAAGAAGUAAAGUUAAAUCAGUCAAUGGAGGAAAGAGUGAGAAACACGACUGAUAGAGUAGAACAUAUCACAACAAAAAUGGAAGACUUGAAUCAAAAAGCUAAUUGCCAAAUACAAUCUAUGCAGAGUGUAGAAUUUAGGCUAAGAAAGUUAGAAGACGUGGCAGAGCAGACGAUGAACCACCUGGCUGUGAUACACCGGUUCAUGGCGACCCACCCGUCGCUGGUGAACCGAGGGUCGACGGACACGCUCGGACCGCCGCCCCCGAGCUUCCAGGCCGCUGGAUCCAGGCUCAGGACUGCUAGUGAUCGAUCUGAGGUGCUGUCCGACAGUGAGACCAACCCUCGCUUCGCUGUGCGGCCGGUGCAGGAAGAAGACGAGGUCUCCCACCACACUGAUACCCUCGUCCGCUUUGGUGUGCGACCCGUGAAGGAAGAAGAUGAGAGGUCCCACAAAACCAAUGAUGAACUGCCGCCUCCAGAAAUAGUGACGCCAGCUAAAGAAGGCGACGGGGAAUCCGAUUCCUCUUCAUCGUCAGGUCACGGGGUCGGCCCCAACGUGACCGUCAUCAGGACCCACCCACCGCCCACGCCUGCCAGGCAGCGUUCUUCAGACAGCAACCGAACUGAACCUGAGAAAAGUUCUGAUGACCAUCAAUUGUUAGAGGUGCACAUAGGAAUCCGUAGACGAAAGCCUGGACUCACUUCUGACAUACAUUCAACAGUACCGUCAUCGGCCGAGGACGCCUUUUUACCGGAAGUGCGUGAGUUCCAACCGGACGGGCACGCCCUGCGCCCGCGCACCACUUCCGGUGGCACCAGAAGAACCGCUGCCACUAGACGGAGACGGUUGUGGAAACAGAGAUCAGAGGGGGGCAACGAGGUGCACUCGGGGGCUCACCACUCCUCGCAGCACCUGGCUCCGAGGAGGCAACACAGCCAGACCCACUCCGAACCGGACAACUCUGCCGUGGACGCCGUGUCUGUCAACAAUUCUGUCACUGGUCGCCAAUCAGGCUGGGAGGCGACGGGCGGCGCGGCCGGCAUCCUGCCCGCGGGCUCCGGCAAGCAGCGCGUGGGGGCGCCACGGUCGCUGCUGCUGGCCAUGCAUGAGUAUACCAGCAUCACGGAUGAGCUUGAGAAUGUCUAUGGGCUGUUCUCGCCGCCGCACACGCCAAGAACACCAAUCACGACGCGGCUGCUCUCCCCGCGCGCCGCGUCCCCCUCCGCGCGGCGCCGGCACGCCAGCGAGAUGUCCAACCCGGAGUUCGCGCUCUACAUGGAGAAGGAGCACCUCAGGGGAGCCGAAGAGGACGACUACAUCAUCAUGGAGAACCUCAUACAGAGACGCCUAGCAUUGGAGUUUCCCCUGGACAGAUACGAGGAGGAAGAGGGGGGCGAGGGGGAGCCCAGCGGCAUCAACAUCUCUGUCUGCAUCAACACUACCCACGAGGAUGGCAACCAGCCUCAGACCUCCACACACCUGACAGUAGACAGGCGACUGCCGCACCAGAGGUAUUCCAAGCACUCUUUAAGAAGAGCAUCAGCUAUCGACACUCGUGAGCUACCGUCGCCGUUGCAGCCGCUUCUUGACGAUGAUGCUUGCAGAGAAGUUUUGCUGCCUGUUCCCCGUCAGCCCUCAGGCGAAACAAAUGCAUCAAGCGAUAUGUCGUUGUCUCACCUGGUGAGCGAGAACCUUCCACCUCGUCCGUCGAUAGUGCUGGACUCCUCACAGCUGCCGCGGCAGAGGUCGGCGGACCCGCCCCCCUCGCACCCGCCGCCGCCGCCGCCCCCGGAGACCAUGUGCUAGAAGAUGCCUAGAA